AAAGAUAAUUUUAUUGAAGAAUAUCCAGUGACUAAUAAAAUUUGUCCUUCUAUAUUUGAUUCCGCGAUAUACAGAGUUUAAAGAUUGUAAAAAGUGAAAGAAGAACAACUCUGUAUGUUGCAGAUAUUAGGUUAAAUAGGUAACAGAAGAAACCGACGAUUCUAAGACAAAUGAAGUUAUCUAUACUUAUAUUUACGCUUGGGUGGACGCAUGUGAUCUCAACAACAUGUCCAAACGUGACGUCAUGGGUUGAAAACGGGGACAUGUGUCUACAUGUGGACAACAGAAAUGCGAGUUGGCGUGUGUCUGAUACAUCUUGCAAUUUGUCGGGUGGUAGACUUGCAAGAAUAAGCAACAUCACAGAACAAUCAACCUGGUUAAACUCUUCUGCUCAGUACUGGAUUGGAGGUUUCGUGGCGGCUUUGGUUUAUCCAACGUAUUUCGAUCGCUGCAUCACCGGUCACGCUCGUGGCAAUGACGUAUGCUACCACAUAGUGACGAAACCGAUGAAAUGGUAUGACGCAAGCAGCUAUUGUGACGAAAGUGGAGGGAGGUUGGUACAAGUUAAAGAUGAAGCAAACAGCAGAUACAUCGCCAAUGCGUUGACCGAAACUCUAAACAGAUCAUCGGCUGCGGUUAAAUACUGGAUAGAUGGGAAACGAAGCGACGAGUUUUCUGAAAACUUUCUUGAUCGUCAAGGUAACUUGGUAAACUACACCAACUUCGAUCCGUCGCAAAAAGUUAAGGAUCUACAAGGAGAGCUUUGCAUUGAGGUAUCCUUAGCCACAUCCCAACCAUCAACUGGAUCAGGUUCAAACUCUCCUGAUAACUUCGGUUACGAUCCUUAUUAUCACGAAGCAGGUCCUCCACUGUUUAAUAUGAAGCCAUGUACAGCAUCACGGAUGUUCCUGUGUGAAUAUGAUCUCAAACCCUCCGAAACUCCUCUGGAUGAUGCAGGAUCAAAUAAAACUUACUCUCCUUCUCAUGUUGGAUCAUGUGAUGACAUCAUCAUGCUCUCAGCUCUCUCUAAAUCCAUCUUGUCAUCCACAUCAGGAGAAAACAGCAACUUAUGGACAGAAAAAGAAAAAUCCCUACUCUCUCAAUUCACAGGAAUAGUAUCCGGACAUUACAUUACAGCACCGUACAAAGACAACCACAAUCCAUCAGCCCCCGGUUUAACUUAUGAGUUAAAGUAUUGUAAUAUUCAAGAAACUAAAUCAAAACUAAACAUUCCAAGUUACACACCACAGCAAAAGUUGCGCCUUUUUCUAGCUUUAUACAGAUGGUCCGAACUUGAAGGUGUUCAUAGUGAUGGAAUACAGACAUUGUUACACGACAAUCAGUUUAACUUUAAUGGGAACUCCACAUUCAAUGGAAGUUGUGUGUUCCUUUAUCGAGACCACUGGUACACAGGGCCAUGCUGCAAACCUCGAUAUUCUAUGUGUGAAUAUCCACCAGAGGUUGCUAAAGAGAUAGCAAAUGAACAAACAAAAACCAAAGAAAAAAUUAAGACUAUCAGCGAUGAUCUGAAGGAUGUCACCUCAUCUUUAAAUGGGGCAGACAUCUCCUUCUCCUCUGAAUCAUUUGAAACUGCUCUUGGAGUCCUUCAAUCCAUAGUGGAAAUCACAGAGGAGCACAGGGAGGAGGUUUUGGAAGAUACAUCACUUGAAACCCUGAAAGAUAUGAUGACUGAUGUGUUAUCACUUGUAGAUACCUUGAAUAACGAAGAUAUAAUGUCAGACUUGGAAUCUUUUCAAACUUCCGAGAUGGACAACAAUGUAAAUUUCUUUGUCACAAUACAAGCAAUAACAUCUCUCAGUGACAUCAUAGCUGAUUCUGUGACGCAGGAAUUGGUUGGAAACACAGUCACAAAGAUUAGUUACCAAACAAACUCAAGUGAAGUCCACAUUCUGUCCAGUAAAGAACUUGAGCUAUUGGAAACAAAUCAGCAAAUGGUUUAUUCUCCAAACACUAUUGCUCCAGGUUCAGAAAUCACUAUAUCACUACCAAGUCAUAUAAGAGAAAAAGCAAACCAGAAGAAAGUUUCAAUCGUCUAUGCAGCAUAUUCACCCGAUUUAUAUCAAACAAUGGAUACAAUGACAGUAAAGAUGACACCUACAAUGGUAACUGUGCUGAAUAUGUUGUACAGAUAUGUUAUUGCUACAGCUUAAUCAAGCACUACAUAUGUAUGCCCCAUGUCAACAAGACAUUUCUGGUUAUAAGUAAGAUCAUGCGGCGCCGUGGCGUAGUGGUUAGCGCGCCUGCCUGUAACCAUUAGGUAAUGGGUUCAAGGCUCGUCGCUGCUACCAUUGUGGGCGUAUGUGUCCUUG